AUGCACGCGUUCCUCGACGUGAUGGACCUGCCCAACCGCAUCGGCAUGAUGUCGUGGGACGGCGAGACCCUCGUCUUCGUCGCCGGCACGGAGACCGCGAGCGGCCUGUACACCACCGACGGGAGCACGAUCACGCGCGUCCUCGUCAGCGGGCUCGAGCUCCCGGGCCAGCCCGGCAACCCCGUCGUCCGCUUCGGCGGGGUCACGAUGAACGGCUCGCGCUUCGCCGCGACGCUCGACGGGACACAGGCCUUCACCGGCGCGAUCGUCCAGAACGUCGGCGGCGUCAGCAACGUCGUCGUCGACAACACCACCAUCGCCCCGGACGGCAUGGGCACGCUCACCUUCACCGAGGGUUCGCUCGACAUCGACGAGCGCAACGCCUUCGUCUGGAACGGCGGCACCCAGCAGGGCGCCGGGAUCCUCACGAACACGUUCGGCGACAUCCUGCCCGUCGCCACAGGCGCGACGCCCGUCCCCGGGUUCGCCGGAGCCUCCUUCACGAGCCUCAGCACACGCCCCAUCAUCGACGACGGGCUGAUCGCCUUCCGCGCCUCCUCGUUCCGCGCGGGCGAUUUCCAGUUCCGCACCGGUGUCUACACGUGGGACGAGGGCCUGCUCCGGAGCGUCGCCGAUUCCUCCACGCCCGCGCCCGACGGCGGCCUGCACGAGUUCGUCAACUUCCUCCGCCCGGGGGUCGACGUCGACAACGGCACCGUCUACUUCGCCUCCCGCACGAGCCAGACCACCAGCCUGGGGCUCUACGCGUCGCUCCCGAGCGGCACGCCGCUCGAACCCGUCGUCGACCGUUUUACCCUGAUCCCCGGGAGCGACGACACUUUCGUCGCAUCGCCUCUCCACAACGUCCGCGACGUGUUCGACGCCGACAACGGCGUCGUCGCCUUCUCCACCGGGUUUGGGGUCUACGUCAACAUCGACGGCGAGACGCUCAAGGUCGUCGACCGCGACGACACGAUCGACCC